GUUUUGAAACACACGAAACCUAUCGGAAAGUUAUCUGAAAAUUAAAAUGAAGGCAAAGUCACUUCCACAGAAUCGGACGUAUUGUUUAUAAACAGAGAGGCGGCCGAACAAGUUAAAAGAAGUCGUUUUCCACACAAAAAUCUUCCUACAAAGAACAGGAAUAAUCGAUAUAAUUUGAAAAAAACAAACAAACGAAUAACCACAAGUCAACAUCCAGGGAGUACAGACUGGUGUAUAGUCUAAAACCCUAUAAAAGAAGAAAGAAGAAGAGGAAGUCGUUUUCGAAGUCCAUCAUGGGAGACAGCGAAGAGGAAAUCGACUAUAUGUCAGAGGAUUUUCUGGCGCAGUGUGUAGGUAAUAAUGACGUACGUCCUGGAUUGCUCUUUUCACAUUCAUCAAAGAGGAAAGCUCAAAUAGAGAAACGAAAAAAGCAUAAGAAUGAGUCACAUCGGGAACGAUUCAAACCUAUGAAACAAGUCCAGCAAGAACGGCUGCAAGAAGGCCUUAAUACAGCAUUGGACUCCUCAAACAAAGGGUUUUCAAUGCUUCAAAAAAUGGGAUAUAAGCCUGGAUCUAGUCUUGGAAAGCAAGGUCAGGGAAAACUAGAACCAAUUGCUGUGGAGCUGAAGGCAGACAGAGUUGGGCUGGGAUGGCAGGAGAUGAUUUCUGAACACAGAAAGAAGCAACAGGAGAUAAAAAGACAAAAACAAGAAAAACACAAAGAAGAAAUGAGCACAGAGAAGUUCAGCCAGAAGAACAGUUGAACAUCCUUACUGCAUAUCUCAAGGCAACUUAUUGUUACUGCAUUUGGUGUGGAACAGUAUAUGAUGAUGAGCGAGACUUCAAGCAAAACUGCCCUGGACAAACAAGAGCAGAUCAUGAUGAUUAAUGCAAGAUUUCUUAUUUUAUAUGAAUCUGUAAUUUUUUAUGUAAACUGAUAGUCUCUCAAUAUUAUUUUAUGGUUUUAUUUAUAUAUUUAUUUAUUGGUUUUAGAUCAGUGUUGUCAUCCUUAUUGUUUUGGGUAGAAACCAGUUUUGCAUUAUAUUGUUUUCAUAACAAGGAAAUAUAGUACUCAUAAUUUAAUUUUCUGUGUGUUUGUGAAUAGAUGACCUUUUGCAAAAAGUUAUGGGCCACAAAUUUUGAGUAAGGGAAGCAUAAUACAAGUGCAAGCAUGCCUUAAAAAUUAUAAUUGUUUCAGUAGGUCCCUUUGAUCACUAAUAAGUGAAAGAAAAAUUACAUAUGAUGAUUGUAUCAGACCAUGUGUUGAUGAUAUUUGCAUAUGUACAUUAAAUACUGAUACUUUUUAAAAAUAGAUUGUGAAAAUAUGGAA